CCUCAGGAGAAGUCACUUGUUAAACAAGCCUGCUGUCCUGAGGGUGGGAAGGCCCUGCGCAGAAAGCACCUGGGCCAGGAGGCCAGGGCCCUCCACCCCAGGUUGAUGUUUUCAGGGAGGGUGCACGGGGCAGGGGUGGAGGGCAGCGUGGUGCCACGGGACCUCAACUGAAGAGCUCCCGGCGACUGUCAUACCAUGCGUGCUGCAUCCGUCUGCAGUGGACUACUCUAGAGAGAUGGAGUUUUACGAGGACUACCAGUCCCCCUUUGAUUUUGAUGCGGGCGUGAACAAAAGCUAUCUCUACUUGUCUCCCAGUGGAAAUUCAUCUCCACCCGGAUCACCUACUCUUCCGAAAUUUGGUCUUCUGAGAACUGACCCAGUACCUGAGGCAGGAGAAGAUGUUGCUGCCACGAUCGGUGCCACAGAGACCCUGUCAGAGGAAGAGCAAGAGGAGCUGAGGAGAGAACUUGCAAAGGUAGAAGAAGAAAUCCAGACUCUGUCUCAGGUAUUAGCAGCAAAAGAGAAGCAUCUAGCUGAGAUCAAACGGAAGCUUGGGAUCAAUUCACUACAGGAACUGAAACAGAACAUUGCCAAAGGGUGGCAAGAUGUGACAGCAACACCUGCAUACAAAAAGACAUCGGAAACCUUGUCUCAAGCUGGACAGAAGGCUUCAGCUGCCUUCGCAUCUGUGGGAUCAGUCAUCACCAAGAAGCUGGAAGACGUAAAAUUGCAAGCUUUUUCACAUUCCUUUAGUAUACGCUCCAUUCAACAUUCAAUUAGCAUGCCUGCUAUGAGAAACUCCCCGACUUUCAAGUCAUUUGAAGAAAAGGUUGAAAACUUAAAGGCAAGUAGAGAGUCUAAAGUAGGGGGGACCAAGCCUGCCGGCGGUGACUUUGGAGAAGUCUUGAAUUCGACUGCAAAUGCUAGCACCACCGCCACGGAGCCCCUUCCAGAACAUACAAAGGAGAGUGCGUGAGAUUCCUACCUUGGUUCUGCUACCCACUGCCAGAUGCUGCGAGCGGGAUCCAGGCACAUCUUGUCAACAUCCAUUGCUGUGAAUUUCCACCCCAUGUGCUUUUCUUUAGCUUUACAUAUUCCUUUGACCAAAUAGUCUGUGGAUUGAACAAAAUAAAUGUAUCUUCACCUCUGUUCCUGGGCAACACCACACCUGUUCAUAUGCAUUUAAGUCCCUUUAUUUAGGAAGCACGGUAGUACUUGGGGACCCUCACUAGAAUGGUCUGAGAAGCUGCAGGUUGUCAUAACGGCUUUCUUCCUUUACAAAGUGGCUCUGGAUCGGGGAUGCCAGUUUGAUCUUUUCUAUGUGAUUUUUUUUCAUCUUUGAACCUCUGUAUAUUUGAUUCCUAACUAAAAUUGUUCUUUACAAUUUUCUGAAUCCUGGUUAUUGAAUGUUUGGACAUACUUUUCUUUACCUCCAAGGGAAGGACUACCAGGUACAAGAGAUAUUUUUGAAUAUUGUUUUGGUGUAAGCUAUCUUAUAUCUUGGGUGUCUGAAGACACCAGACUAAAUAAAUCAGCACUACAUCCCAUUUGUUACAGUUUUGUGAGUGAUGAUAUGUACAGUAACCGGUUCCUAGGUGACUUGAGAAUGGAACCCUCACAUUCUUGCUUGUCACCAUUUGUGACAGUAAUCAUCGUGUAUUCGUUCUUACGCCAGUUAUUUAUGUCAACUUAUUCUCACCAGAUUAGAGUUCACCAGAGUAAACUGCAAAGGAGCAUUCUGAACCAAGCAUAUUGUAUUAUUAUUAGUAGGUUGAAAUAUGAACACUCUCAUCCAAAGCUCAAUUCAAAAGUCUGAAAAUUUUUUACAUCUAGGUAGCUGUCAAAAAUGCUAAAAUCAAUCACAUCUAGGGAAAACACUGCUGUCUCCAUUUAAUUCAUUUAGCACCAUUUAAAAUAGGAAGCACACCGAAUUAUAUGACUGAUACAACUUGAAAAAAUUUUAUAACAAGGGGUUAGUGAUAACUCCAGAGGAUUUAACGCAUUCAUAAAAAUCGACUCGUCAUUUUCUACUUGUAUGUUUCCAGUGUGUGAGAAAUGAUUAAAUGAUUCUGUAGACAUCGCCCCCAACUUUGAAAACUGGGUGUCAGGGCUGAACGCACCAAAGCCUCCGGCAGUAACGGCAUGGAGGCCACGUACUCUGUCAAAUUCUAGUGGCUACUUACUCAUCACGUUCCCCAUAUGCGGUGUAUGGUCAUGGCCUCAAUGCUGUCUUUGCUAGUUAUCAAGUUGUGAUUGUCUUAUUAUUGUUUAUGCCAAAUGUUCACUGCCAAGCUUGGAGUGACCUAAAGCAUUUUUAAAAAGCAUGACUAGAUGUACUCCGUACGUUAUCUUAGGAAAACUAAAUUUGAAAAGCCACAAGUGUUGGUUGUUAUAAAAUAACAUGCUGCCAUUCUUGAUUCUGAGAGCUUUUGUUAGCAUUUCAGGUGCAUUUGACACUCUGCUCUAUUACAUGUGAGAAGCUUAAUAAAUUCUGUAUAUCAGUAGUAUAGGUCUCAGUAUUUAUUAUGAGACCAGUGGUCUGGAAACAGCUUGUUGUAUUGAAUAAUCAACUGGUGUCCUAUGCUUUAAAAUAAGGCACUUUUUUACCAUCUGCUUUCAACACUGCUUCAUGGUAUCAGACUAAUAUAUUAUAAAUUAUUUCCUUAGAGAGGAUUUAAGGCAAAGGUUGUUGAAGCAUUGUCCCGAAGGAGUGAAGCUGUAGAAAAAAAUUUUUUAAUAGAAAUAUUGUGGUUAUUCAGCAUAACUGUUAAGUUAUAUUUUUCUACCAACUAUGUAGUCUUUCAGUUUUUUUCACAGUAUCUCUUUAUCACAUUGUUUCUUGAGCAUCCCGCCCUUUUACUAUCUUAACAAGGCAAAAUGGAGUAAGAUGGCAAUUUUUUCAGUUGAGUGAAAUAUCCUGAAAUCUCUAGUUUACGGGGAGAAAUAAUAGAAAUAGGGGUGGAAAAUGGGGUGGUGUUUGUGGGUACUGGUGAUGGCUGUGAAAGAAGAAAUCAGACAAAUCAUGUAAUCUAAAAAUGAUUUAAUCUAUCGUAAAGUACUCUGCCUCUUAAAAGAGUAUAGGGAGGAUGAAUUUAGAAAAAUAAACAUGGAUUUAGAAAUAGUAUUCAAAAUGGUCUUUGUGGAAGAUUCAAUGUUUUGAACUCAGUUACACUUUAUUAUGUUUUCCGUUUGAUGCUAUAAAAAAACAGCAACUUGAGGGUGAACUCUCAGAUAUUCAAGGAUUCAAGAAAUGUCAGAGAAUAACCCCUGAAAUUGUCCCCUUCUUACAAAGACAUGGCCCAUUCUUAUGGAGUCUGUGGGAAACAAAGCAAAAAUUCUUAUGCUUAUGAGACCAAAGUAAUCAAUGGAAGAGAGUGGAACUCACUGGAUUAUCAUUUAGAAACUCAAAGAAACUACUGAAAAAAACAAAAGGCAUGUUUAAUUUGGAAUCACUAUUUCUGGAUUUGUUAAUCAAGAAAUGCACUCUGUCUAUUUUUCUUUUGUAUAGUAUUUGAAAACAAUAAAAAGUCUGAAAUUUG